UCUUGGGGAUAAAAUCCAAAGGAUCUUGAAGUAACAACAACAACAACAAAAACCCCUAAGGAGCUUCCAGGCAUUUCCUGCUAACUUACUGACAGUUGAACUCACCCCAGCCCGAGCCCCGUGGCACAGAGUGGUAAGCUGCAGUACUGCAGUCCAAGCUCUGCUCACGACCUGAGUUUGAUCCCGGUGGAAGCCAGGUUCAGGUAGCCGGCUCAAGGUUGACUCAGCCUUCCAUCCUUCCGAGACAAACACUAAUCUCCCAAAGCUCUACUCAGCCAUGGCCUCGGGAAAUGGCAGUGACCCACCAGACAGGUCAGAGAGACGCAGAUCAUCACUGCAAUUUGAAUCAGAAGACCAGGUGGCCCAGCAGGCUGAGGAAGUGUUCCAGAGCUAUGCCUUCCACCGAUAUCAGCAGGAGCUGGAGCAGAAUGAGGCAGAUGUGCCGAUCGAUCCAGAAAUUGCUGCAAUCCAGCAGGAGCCGGGCAGCACCAGCAACCUGGUCGGAAGGCGCCUGGCCACCAUUGGUGAUGACAUCAAUGCACGGUAUGAUAAGGAGUUCUGUGAGAUGUUGGAGUCCCUGCAGCUGACAAGGGACAACGCCUAUGAGUACUUCACCAAAAUAGCCUCCAGUUUGUUUGAUAGUGGUAUAAACUGGGGCCGUGUGAUAGCGCUGCUGGGCUUCGGCUAUAGGAUGGCAAUCCAUGUAUACCAGCAUGGGAUGACUGGCUUCCUAAGGAGGAUCACUCACUUCAUAGCAGACUUUGUGCUUCACAACCGCAUCGCUCGGUGGAUUGCCCAGCAAGGAGGAUGGGUGGCAGCAAUGGACUUAAGCAAUGUUUACUUGAAGUACAUGAUUGCUUUGGCAGCAAUUAUCUUGCUGGGCCAAUUUGUGGUAUGUCGCUUCUUCAGGCCAUGACUGAGGGGAAACAUGCUGGUAGCCACAUGCAUGCCAGCUAUUGAAGUGCUGCUCUGUGGUGAUGCUUUCAAAGAAAGGAGGACUCAAGAAACAACCAAAGGAAAAUUCCAGUGUGGCUCCAAUAUAUUUAAAGCAGGGAAUCCACAGUGUAGUAUUAAAAGGACACAUGGAAGAGGAUUUAUUAUUUCUGGAGGCCACAGGGGCCAGUAGUUGCUCAAGACAGAGCCACAGUGUUGUGAGAAAGAAGAGGGAAGGGAACUGUGUCCUUCACAGAGUCUCUACGAAGAACAAAUCCUUUUUCAGAACAAUCUCAGGGCCAGUUCUAAUACAACAGUUUGCAGCUGUGUCUCCAUGGAAAGCAGAAGCACGGUGGGCCGUAUGUGACAUCAUUGCUUGCUCCACUUCUUCCCACUUUCAUGAACUUUUCUGGUGCUGAAAUAAUGAUGUGACAUUCACCUGAUUGGGAGAAUGUGCCUAUCUGUCCCUUGAUUUAUUGGAUGGUCACCUUUUAUCAGGAGUAUACACAACAGUGGACGUUCAUUUGAGUGGACAUUCAAACAUCUCAUGACUUAGGGAGGAAGAUCCUUAAGAGCAUCAGAUGUGGGCUUCAGAGUUUCUCCCUGAUUAUCAGUUCAGAGGCACUUCCUCACCCAGGCACAGAGUUUAGUCCUUGCUAGUGGUUCUCUGUCAUUGUCUUACUCAUGUUUUAUUACUCUGCGGUGAUCCCUGUCUAUCAACUAGUGGAGAGGAUUGGCUGUUUUGAAACAACCUUAUUUCUGUUCCAUUUUAAUCUGGAGGAUGCCACUGUGUUUCCUGCACAUCACAGCAUUUAUCUGUGACUUUUCAAGCUGAACAUGGCGAAGAAUGGAGGGAUGACUUGGUUAUUUUUCAGAUAUGGUUGUAGUUGUUUGCCCUUUUGAUAACCAAUAGCUGAUAUUUAAAUUUGCCUUAUGCAAACAAUGGGGGGAAAUUAUGUCCUGUGAAUACCUGAAACAGGAUGUCAUUUUUUCCCCCAGGCAACAUGUACAUGAUUCAGCCAACACAUGCAAAUGACUGCAUUCCAGUGCACAGAGUGUGACUA